UAGGAGAAAGCGGAAACAAAAGAGGGUUUAUUAAAAACACAAACACAUCCUGGCUGCCGAAGUACUCAGGGAACAAACUGCAGCCAUUGACUUCGACAGCAAUAACACUAAAAGUGAAAUACAGAGCGAGUGGCCGUGAGCUGAGGAGCAAACCGCGUCAGUCAACAUGGCACUGAAAAGAAUACAGAAGGAGCUGAGUGACCUGCAGAGAGACCCUCCAGCACAGUGCUCUGCUGGACCAGUGGGGGAAGACCUGUUUCACUGGCAGGCGACCAUAAUGGGUCCGGGUGACAGUCCUUACCAAGGAGGAGUUUUCUUUCUCACAAUCCACUUCCCCACCGACUAUCCGUUCAAGCCACCAAAGGUUGCAUUUACAACAAAGAUUUAUCACCCAAAUAUAAACAGCAACGGGAGUAUCUGUUUGGACAUUCUGCGGUCACAGUGGUCUCCAGCACUAACGGUGUCAAAAGUUUUACUGUCCAUAUGUUCACUGCUUUGUGAUCCGAACCCUGACGACCCCUUAGUUCCAGACAUAGCACACAUGUACAAGAACGACAAAGACAAAUACAACAAAGUAGCAAAAGACUGGACCCAAAAGUACGCCAUGUAAAGAAGAAAAACAUGCAUUUUCUUUUUCCUUCCUUUUUAAGGUCACAACACACUGUAAAUAAUAGUAUGGAAUCAUGAAGUAAUCUUAGGUAACCUGCAUCAGACUGAACUGUCAUUAACAUUAUUAUUAAUCUGAGACCAUGACUUUUACAUUCUUUGUUUUUUUAAGGAAGCACAGGCUUUGAAUUUAAUGAGACAGAUCGCAAGCAGGCAUUUCAUGGAUACCAUGACACUUAAAACGCUUGGCAUGUUGUUUUUGCAUCCAAGACAUUUUAUUUACAACAUGACUUCAUUAAAAAUCACUUCCCAGCAUUCUGCACUCUUAAAGUGAAAGUAGUGGACUGUAGGACACAAACCCCACCACACGCGCUGCGGCUGCAAGCCUUUUAACAGAGGAGCUGAGUAUCAGUGCAGCAGGAGAGCAUCAUGUUAGACAGUCUGCUCCACAACUGGAAAAGCUCAGCUCCAGUCAGAUGUGGGGGGGAUGAAUGCCAGAUGUGAACGCCUCUCAGUGACACGUCAUGUAGAGGAGGGAGGAGGGUUUGUUGAGUUGUUUUGCAUCUUGUAGCAGACGGAGUGGACUGAAACAAUGAAGUGUUUCCCUGAAAAUGGGAGCAAUUCCAAGUCAAGUCACAUAUUACUGUCUUCUUCUUCCUAUUAUUAUUAUUAUUAUUAUUAUUUGUAUAGUAUUGAAAACUCUUGAGCAUUUCUUUUAGAGUUAUCCCAAUGUAAAUGUGUCAUUCAAAUGAAGUACUCUCUUUUUUUUUUCCCCCCCUGGAGAAUAGCAGUGAUGUUGGCGUUUUGGUUGGAUUUAGACAGGCGCAAAGAACAGAUUUUAAGUACUUGAGGGUUAAAUUUGCUCUUGUGUUUGACCUGCAGUCUGUCUGUAUAUCUAUCUAUGCUCUAGAAAUUGUAAGAAAUCCCAUUUUCUGUUCCUGUGUAAACAGUCUCUCACUUGUGUCUUUGAGGCCUGCGCGGCACCUUUUGUACUGAAUUAAAGAAUGGUACAGUUUUUAUCAGAA